GCAGAUCCGGGGCAGAGGGAGGAGAGCUUCGGGUCAGGGGCCGCCGCCGCCGCCGCUGGGGAGUCCGGCUGCCAGCCCGCCAACCCGCGCUUCGCGGGCCUUGCUGGUCAGGGUCAGCUCGAACCUUGUCUGGCUUGCCUUCUGACAAAGUUAGCUGAAAGUGACUUCUCAGGUUUCUUCAGGAUGCCGGCAGCACUUGUGGAGAACAGCCAGGUUAUCUGUGAAGUCUGGGCCAGCAAUCUGGAGGAAGAGAUGCGGAAAAUCCGAGAAAUUGUGCUCAGUUACAGUUAUAUUGCCAUGGACACAGAAUUUCCAGGUGUUGUCGUGCGUCCAAUUGGUGAAUUUCGUAGUUCCAUAGAUUACCAGUAUCAGCUUCUGCGGUGCAAUGUUGAUCUUUUAAAAAUCAUCCAGCUGGGCCUUACGUUCACAAAUGAGAAGGGGGAAUAUCCUUCCGGAAUCAACACUUGGCAGUUUAACUUCAAAUUCAACCUUACAGAGGACAUGUACUCCCAGGACUCCAUAGACCUCCUUGCUAACUCAGGACUGCAGUUUCAGAAGCAUGAAGAGGAGGGGAUUGACACACUGCACUUUGCAGAGCUGCUUAUGACCUCAGGAGUGGUUCUGUGUGACAAUGUCAAAUGGCUGUCAUUUCACAGUGGCUAUGACUUUGGCUACAUGGUGAAGUUGCUCACAGAUUCCCGUUUACCAGAAGAAGAGCAUGAAUUCUUUCAUAUUCUGAACCUUUUCUUCCCGUCCAUUUAUGAUGUGAAAUACCUUAUGAAGAGUUGCAAAAACCUUAAGGGAGGUCUUCAGGAAGUUGCGGAUCAGCUGGAUUUGCAGAGGAUUGGAAGGCAGCACCAGGCUGGCUCAGACUCGCUGCUGACAGGCAUGGCGUUCUUCAGGAUGAAAGAGCUGUUUUUUGAGGACAGUAUUGAUGAUGCCAAGUACUGUGGGCGGCUCUAUGGCCUGGGCACGGGUGUGGCCCAGAAGCAGAAUGAGGAUGUGGACUCUGCCCAGGAGAAGAUGAGCAUCUUGGCGAUUAUCAACAACAUGCAGCAGUGAUGGCGGCUGCUCUGCACGGCGGGCCUGGUCCCAGAGUGGUGCUUUCUGAGCUGACUCUGCUUCUUCCCCAAGAGCAACAUUUCUUUUGAGCAAACUGUACCUACCAUCUGCAUUGGGCAGAAAGACUUUUGUUUUACCGAAGACAAAAGAUGUCUUUAUUUUAGAUCCAGAAGAGGGGAGUUUGCUCCGAAUUUGUAAACAAGUCUUCCCGUAUUCCUCAUCCCCACGCCUCUCUCCAGCUGCCUCCUGCCACCAGCAUCCUCGGCUCUUUUGACACCUUUUUAAAUAUCCAGGACAAUUCUGAAACGACUAGUAAAAUGUAUAUAACUCUUACCUGUUGUCCUUCUUUUUCUUUUAAAUCUGUUGCUAAUCUCUGAUGAGGAUUUUUGCUAGGAUUCUCAGCUGAGCUGAGGGCUUCCAGGGGAAAUGGAACAAAAUGGUGUUCUUGUGAAGUGGGCUAUAACUAUUUAGUCUUUCCUUUUUUGGCCCUUCUCAAGGACAUUUGAUUCCCUCACUCUUUGGUAGUCUUUCUUUAUGUACUAUUAUAUGAGAAUGAAUUGCUCAGUGCUGAAAUUUGAAGACCUGAUAACGAACCUUUUCUUAAAAUCAAACAGUUCUACUGAGUCUGUCCAUGCUUGAUUCAUGAGGUGCUUCUAGAAUGGGUGUUCAUGUGACCACUUCAUUGUCUUUAAGUCUGUGUUCCAUUGUACCACUGACAUUUGCCAUUACAUGUGCCUCAUCUGAAAUCAUUUUUUUCACAUAAUUAGCUAGCCUGGGUUUUAUCCUUAAGAAAAUUGGAAAGAUCAGAUUUUGGAUCAUAAUUGUGUUAUUUUUCAGCAGUGUGAUUUCAGAUGCUCAUAUGUACUCUCCCACCUCUUGUCUCCAUCUUCCCUGCUUCUCCUCAGAAGUUAGGGGAGAUGGAUUAAUGUGAGUACCAGGAAUGUGAGUCUUUAAAAAGUUAUAGUGGUAAUUUAUAAACAGGACAAUAAAGAGUCUGGUUUAUAGAGUUACCCUGGAGUAAUAUCCCACAACUUAGGGUAGAAAGCUCAGGACUUUUUCCUUUAAGCUAGUCAUUUAAAAAGUAUUCUGUAUUUUUUUGAAUGACUAGGGUCAGAACAAUUUUAAAAAACCAAAAAUCCUUUUGGAAUGGUAGAAGUAAAAACUGGUGACUCACUGAAGUGGAUGACUAAUCUUGCAUUUUAAAAGCUUAUGGAAAAUUCAACUUGAAAUGAUUCCAAACUGUCAAGUAUUAUAAGCUGGUAUUUAAGAUGCUUGUAAAUACUAUUUAUGUUUUUAAUUUUGUAAAAUAAAGAUUUCUUUUUAACCACUGG